AUGAGUGCGGCGGGCGGCAAGGUAGUGCGGCCCCUGGCCCGGGCAGAGCCGGUGCGGCCGGCGGCCAAGGCAGAGCCCGCCCGGACCGGCGCCUCGGCGGCCGCGGCCAGGAGCGAGGUCCCGAAGGUGCUGGUGGAUCCGCGGACCCGGCGCAGCUUCGUGCGCGGGAGGUUCCUGGGCAGAGGCGGCUUCGCGCGGUGCUAUGAGCUGGCGGAGAGCGAGAGCCAGGAGGUGUUCGCGGGGAAGGUGGUGCCCAAGUCGCUGCUGCUCAAGCGGCAGCAGAAGGAGAAGAUGUCCAUGGAGAUCGCCAUCCACCGCAGCCUGGCGCACCGGCACGUUGUGGGCUUCCACGGCUUCUUCGAGGACGAUGACUUCGUCUACGUGGUGCUGGAGCUCUGCCGACGCAGGUCGCUGCUGGAGCUGCACAAGCGGCGGAAGGCGCUGAGCGAGCCCGAGGUGCGGUACUACCUGCGCCACAUCAUCCUGGGCUGCCAGUACCUGCACAGCCAGCGCAUCAUUCACCGCGACCUCAAGCUGGCCAACCUCUUCCUCAGCGAUGACAUGGAGGUGAAGAUCGGUGACUUUGGCCUGGCCACUAAAGUAGAGUAUGAUGGCGAGCGUAAGAUGACCCUGUGUGGGACCCCCAACUACAUUGCUCCGGAGGUGCUGGGCCAGAAGGGGCACAGUUUCGAGGUGGACAUCUGGUCCAUUGGCUGCAUCACGUACACUCUGCUGGUGGGGAAACCGCCAUUUGAAACGCCUUCUCUGAAAGAAACCUACCUCCGAAUCAAGAAGAACCAAUAUACUAUUCCCAAGCACAUCAACCCUGUAGCUGCUAACCUUAUCCAGAAGAUGCUGAGGUCCGACCCUGCCACGCGCCCAACAAUCGACGAGUUGCUGAAUGACGAGUUCUUCACGUCGGGAUACAUCCCCAGCCGCCUGCCCACCAGCUGCCUCACCAUUGCUCCUAGGUUUUCCAUUGUUCCCAGUGGGCUUGAGCCGGGCGGGCGAAAGCCGCUCAUUGAAAUCAACAAAGGACGAGAUGGCCCAGCACUGGAGAGCUUGCCUGACAAGGAAGAUGUCGCUGCGCUGCGGGAGCUGGGAGAUGCUGUUGGCACCCAUUUAGCUGACAUGUUAAAGCAGCUGACUGCAGUCAACCUGGCCAAGCCCUCUGAAAGACUGGUGGUGAGGCAAGAAGAAGCUGAGGACCCAGCCUGCAUUCCCAUCUUCUGGGUUAGCAAAUGGGUGGACUACUCGGAUAAAUAUGGCUUAGGUUACCAGCUGUGUGACAACAGCGUUGGAGUUCUCUUCAAUGACUCCACUCAUCUGAUAAUGUACAGCGAUGGGGACAGCUUGCAGUACAUCGAGCAAAAAGGCGCCGAGUCCUACUUCACUGUGAGAUCCUACCCCUCUGCCCUCAACAAGAAGAUAGAGCUAUUGAAAUACUUCCGGAACUACAUGAGCGAGCACUUGCUGAAGGCGGGCGCCAACAUCACCCCUCGGGAGGGGGACGAGCUGGCCCGGCUGCCCUACCUCUGCACGUGGUUCCGCACCCGCAGAGCCAUCACCCUGCACCUCAGCAACGGCACCGUCCAGAUCAACUUCUUCAAGGACCACACCAAGGUCAUCUUGUGCCCUCUUAUGGCUGCUGUCACAUACAUAGAUGAGAAACGGGACUUCCGCACGUACAAGCUGAGCCUCAUCGAGGAGCACGGAUGCUGCAAGGAGCUGGCCAGCCGGCUCUGCUAUGCUCGUACCAUGGUGGAGAAGCUCCUCAGCUCCAAGUCUGGCUCAGGUGCUGUGAAAACCUCUGCUUAGACCUUGUUCUUGAUGGACUCCACAUCUGUGCCAAACCAUCCCAGCUGUGGAUGGGGAGGUCUGGUAGCAUCCCUGCUCACACUCCCUCCACACAGCUGGGUAUGGUCUGGUUGCCACAAGGAAGUGCCUGAUGCUGUGGGAACACCGUUGUUCACUCUGGUACCCAAAGGUUUCUUGCUCCCCACUUCUAAUAGAAAACAUUUUCUAACUGUAUACCUAGUGGGGUUGUUUUAUAACUUCCCAAAGCUUAAAACCCACCAUCUUUGAGGCUCCUGGGCCUUUUGAGAGCAAAGCAUGGGGAGGGCAGAACUAUCGUGUACGUUAUUUGUACAUGCCUGUGUGGCCUUUGUUUCCUUUUGAGACCUUCGUGUAAGCUGUUUAACAUGCCCGGGGUGAGACAGCAGUCAGCCUUUUAAAGCAAAUUAAACUACAUGAAACCUCAACUUUUGUAUAUUGGAGAACUUGAAUAAAGACUGUUUGGUGUACUGUC